UUGACUUUUGCCAGGUUUAGUGUCGCCCCCUAUAAUUGCCUCAAGGGAAAUGUUAAGUUUCCCAUGAGAGAGACAUAAGAUGACUGUUGCACUGUAGGUGCACCUUUACAUUUCACUAGUCUCACUGAAACUGUGAGGAUGAAAACGCGGUGAGAAAAAGAUGGCAUUUAAUUAACAACCUUCUGGAAAAGUUUGAAAACGGUCAUCAUGGCUGUGGCUGAAGCAGUGAUGCCUGCCAUGACAUCGUUUCCAAGUUUUCAAGCUAUGGAAGGAAAUCAGUUUGACAAUCCGUGCAAGGUGGAUGAGUGUGGAAGGGAGAGCGCAACAGGUGGCGCAGACAACCCGCUCAUCGAAGUGGAGUUUAGCAUUGUACAGUCGCCUGCUUUACCUCCCAAAGACGAAGACGAGCUGGGGAAAUUCUUAGACCUCGAGUUCAUUUUGUCAAACACCAUCACUUCCGAUGUUGUAAGCAGCAGCAACAACAACGGCAACAUUUCUCCCCCGCAGCAGCAGUGCGUAUAUUCUCUGCCGGAGUCCCCGGAGAGCUGCAGCGGCAGCUCAGUUCCAGACUGCAGCGAUCACCCCCCUUCUCAUCUGGCCGUGCAGAGCUACCACGGCACGGUUGGCUUCACGGGUUCGAGCCCCGUGCGCAGUCUGAUGGCGGAGCUUCUCACGCCUGAGAUUAGCUACCCGGGGGAGAGUUCUCCGGACAACGCAGGCAAGAUGAGAGACGCGCGGGAAUACACCGAACUGCGAGCAUUAAAUCCGGUCACCAUUCCAGCUGUUCCCGUUCAUCACGAAGUGGCCACAUCUCCUCCAUCGCUUGGAUACAAAAUCAAAACCGAGCCUGUUGGUCAGUCUUGUAUGAUGGCUGCCGCUGGUGGAGACUUUAUGGGACAGAUGUAUGAAAAACAUCAGAUGCGCUCCGUGCAUCCGGCAGCUUUUACGCACCACCAGGCUGCAGUUCCAGGUGCAUUGCCGGGGUUCGGUGCGCACUCCAUGCAGCGCCCUGCGCCUCAGGGACGCACGGAGUGCCACUUGGCGCAACUUAGCUCGCAUCCCCAUCAUCCUAAUCAGCACCAUCUCCAAAGCCACUACAUGAACGCACCCUACCCUCCACAGUACGCACACCAGGGUGUGCCUCAGUUUCAAGGACAAUACAACUUGCACAGAGAGGCAAUGCGCGUUCACCAGCAGCACCAUCCAACUUCGAUACAGGGGAUGAUGCUCACUCCUCCGUCGUCGCCAUCCUUGCUGGAGUUUUACGGGCACGAUGAAGUGGGGAGCACCAAGCAGAAGCGAGGCCGCAGGUCGUGGGCCAGAAAACGCGCCGCGACGCACAACUGCGAGUUCCCUGGUUGUGGGAAAACCUACACCAAGAGCUCCCACCUUAAAGCACACAUGAGGACACAUACAGGUGAAAAGCCCUACCACUGUAACUGGGAAGGCUGCGGCUGGAAGUUCGCCAGGUCAGACGAGCUGACCCGUCACUUCCGAAAGCACACUGGACACCGGCCUUUUCAGUGUCACCUCUGUGAGCGAGCUUUCUCCCGCUCAGAUCACCUGGCUCUCCACAUGAAGAGGCACAUGUAAGCCACUCCGAACUUGUAGAGACUUUUGUAUCCGAGGUCAUCCCGGGGUCAUGGCCGGAACAUGAGGCGCGAGUUGGCCUUUCACCAUUUAACAUUUCUGCAUCUGGCCCAAACCAGCAGGACUCUUAGUAUAUGUGCCUCGAGAUUUUAAAGCAAGCUUCUCAUACUUCAUGGCAUUUGAUCCCCUGAGGUACCAAAAUGUAUUCAUAUAUGAACAAAAGUACAUCAUGUACCACAAAGUUAAGUGCCUCUCCAUUAGAAAAAAACGGAUGAAUGCAGGUGUUAUUGUACAUACUUGUGCAUAUAUGAACUUUGGCUAAAUUAUAGUAGUUUAGUAUUUAAGUCAUUUUCUCAUCCUGUCUUUUAAAUAAGUUAUUAACUGUUAGUGAGUGCCUUAACAUGACUGCUAUUGACUUCCUUAAGGGGAAAACUCACUGUGGGCAGGACCCAGGAUUUUGUACAUAAUUUGUACAUUUGUAUUUUUUAUGUUUACAUCUAAUAUCUUUGAUACUACUCAAAUCAGGUCAGGGUUUUUAUUGACAAUUUUUUAUUCUAUUUUCUCAUGGUUGUGUACACAAAAGAUGUCAUAGAUUUGCUAAGCAUUGCUGGCUAGGCCUACAUGCAGACAUUUUUCUUAGUUUUGUGAAGGUUUGCUUGAACAAUGCUAACAAAUUCAGGUACUAAAAGUCAUUUUCAGCCCCAAAGUAUGAGGUGUGGUUUCAAUUCACCUUCACUUCACUUAAUUCAGAUGUCAUUCACACAAGUCAGUGUUUUGUAGGUUGAAUGUGUUUUGUUAUGGAAAACAAGAAUGAAGAAAUCCAAGGCAACCAAUGGUUGAAAUGCUGUACUUGAAACUGAACUGCCACUCAGAUGUAUAAUUCUCCAACAAUGCAAUUGUUUUUUGUGCUUAAGGCCUCAAAAAUAAA